AUGACGGCCACUGGAGCUGCGUUAGGCUCCUCCUGCGGUUUCUCCACCCGCAUCUCGCUCCGAUGGGUCCCCGAACCCCCGGAAGAGACGACCAACACCAUCGUCCUUUCGGUGGGGGAUUGGUUCGUGGAUCUCCGAAUGGACAAGAAGACCGGCGACAUCGAUUGGGCCAUGGCCGGCACCCGAAUUGAGGAAAACCCCAACCAAAGACCACUCAAAGUAUCGUUUACCCGGGAGCUUGACUCACUUGACGAGAUCGGCAUUGUUGAUAUUGCCAACUUCAGUCUUCUUCCCAAUGGCUACGAACUUGAGACUGGGGAAAUGCCCCGGACUGAUCUUCCUGGCGCUCCAAUGACUGCUUUUGAGGAGGUCUGGCAGGAGUUGCCAUUCCGCGGAGGCCCGGAGGGUGUGAAGCAAGGAGUUUCUUGGAUUCUCGAAUCGGAUGAUGGUGCCUUCAACCUCGAAACUGAGCCCGAGGGCAAGAAGACCGUGGUGAAGACGUUCCUGGGCCGUAUUUGGGGAACUUACCUCGCACUUCAACAGAGCCAGACGCAUAGCCUCCAGAAGGAUUCCAAUGGGAACCACACGGUGAAGAAGACCGGAGCUACGGUUAGUGCCAGGAGGGAGGAGUGGACAGAUUCGCGAUGGGAAGACGUAUACGUCGUAGGACCGGACGUAUUGUCGGUGCCUUCCAUGAAGACCGGGUUGGAAGGUGAGUGUAAGGGAUCAUGGAGGGCGCCGGGAGAAAAGGUCGUUAUUGACGGGAAAUCAUUUACGGUUCGAGCGUUCGAGGAAAUCCUAUGA